AAAGAAAGAAAAAAAAAAAGAGCCAGCUCUUAUCGUUCACUUAAAAGAGCCGGCUGUUUGAAGCGGCUCGUUCGUGACCGACACAUCAUUAAUAUCCAACAUUAUUCUAAUUUAAUUUGAUUCAAAGCACAUACUGGCCACCCCACCACCGGAAGCUUUGUUCUGCACCUGAAACACGGAACUUGACUGGACGUCACCAUGGUGAUUGGCACUUCCUAGCAAACAUCAAUUAUCUUGUAUCUUGACUCAAAGGAGGUCAAGAGCAGAGAAACAAAUGGCAACACCAAAAGCAGCUACUUCCAGAGUGAAGACGUCCAAAAGAGCUGACAAAUCAUCUCUGAACUAUAUGAACAGACUGCCAUCUGAGAUCCUGAUUAAGAUUCUGUCAUACUUGGAUGCCUCCGCUCUAUUCACCAUCAGCCACGUCAAUAAGCUCUUCUAUCAGCUCGCCAAUGAUAAUGCUCUGUGGAACAAGCUAUACAUAGCAGAGUUGGGCAAGAAUAAAAAAAAGCGGAAACCCAAGUGCAUGGACGAGCUGCUGCUGAAGGUGGCCACAGUGGAGGUGCAUGAUCGGGCUGCGGGCUACUGGAAGUGGCUGCACUUCAAGACUGUAGCCAUGUAUGACAAGGACAAGUUGAAGAGUCAUCUUAGAGUCAUCAGCCGCCACACCGGGCUGCCCAACCAAACGGAGCGGGUCCUCAGAAACUUGCACGUCACCUGGGAGCUGACGGUCUCCGAUAAGUCGGGGCGCGAGGGCGCUCAUGAGCCGAGCUGGUCCCAGUUCACGGGAACUUCUGUGACUCUGUGCUGGAGUGGAGAAGGCGGCUUGCCCGACUACGAGCAGAUUUCCACCCUUCACCUCCACGGCGUCAGGAGGGUAGCCCUCAAAUGCCCCGGCCUGAAGAAACCCGGCUGGAGGUCCCUCAUGGCGAAGUUAGACAUGCAGGCCUUAACUGAAAGUGCGCAGGUCAUCGGCCAGGACAGACUGGUUGAACUGAAGCUGCUGCAGCCCGGCGUCAUCGUCGGUGUCUGGAGGGACCAGUGCUCCGUCGCCUUCAUCAUGUUCACCCUCCACUUCCACAGGCUGGUGGAAAGAAGCACCCAGGGAUCUUCUGUUAGCCCCUACGUGGUUCCAAUCAUCAAACCCCCUUUUGAUGACACAGACCCUGACUACGGUCUCCAUGGUUACCACCUACACAUUGUUCUCCACGACACUGCAUGCGAGAUCGUGUCCGGAAGCUUCCCGCAGCUCUUCUGCAGGAGAACUCAUAUCAGUGACGGCCUAAUCCAGCUGACUGCCAUUAGCAGGACGACCUCAUCGCAGCAGACACCUCUAUCUGGCAGCAUCACGCUGCCCUGGAGGUGUGAGGCCCUGCAGGGCAGCGUGAAGAAUUGCUGCAUCAUGAAUCUGACGCUACUGGACGAAUUCAGGAAACCCUUCUGGUGUGUCGGCUCUCCUGUUUCCAUGGAGCCACAGAAGACGCCCGUCUCCUAUGACUACGACGGUGAGCACUUCCUGAUCCACUAUCAGGACUCAGACGGUCAGCUGGAGAUGGAACUUGUAUGGAUGAAGGAACAGAAGCAGUUUGUUCUUAUCAGUUUAGUCGUCUAUGUGACGGUUGGCAAAGUCAACCAGCACUUCAGUCGAGAUUACUGAACCUGUCUGCGGUAUUUUUUGCAAGUUUUAAGGGUUUUAAUCACAGUUUGAUACUGUGACUAUGCUUUUUAAUAUUUCAAUUAAACAUAUUAUAUCUGUAUAUGAUUGGCUGAUAUUAUAUUAUAUCAUAAUAGAUAUUAUAAUAGAGUGUGCCACCAGAAUAAAUUGACACUUUUAAUUAUAUUUUUAAACUUAAUUGAUACUUUUAAAACAGCAAUUUAUUUAGUGAUAUCUUGUAUAAACAGAAAAUAUCGCAGUUCAAAAACUUACUUGCCGCAGUGAUAAUGCGUUUUCAUUAUUUUGUCUUUAAAUGCUUAAUAAAUUAAUACAUUUUUAAAUGGAUUUACGAAAUAA